UCUUGGAGUUGUGGACGUCCCAGUAAAAUGGAAGCUCAUCUUGUUAAUACAUAUCAAUCAAAUAUAAAUAAUAAUUCAGAUGAGAUAUUGGCAGUACACGAACAAAAUGAGAUUGACAAGGAUGUUUUAAAAGCAUGGAUUGCAGCAGGAAUCCCAUUUGACAUUAUUAAUAAUCCAUUUCUAUUAAACGAUGCUAUAAUUCCAAGCAUCGACGAAUUAUUAUUUCAAUUUGAUCAUA